AUGCCUGACUAUCAACAGGAAAUCGAGGACAUACUGAGAAAGGCUGAGGCUGAAGCGCCUCUGCCCUCCCCGCAAUCGCGACGCGGCCUGCGCACUAUGGUGUGGCAGUAUGCGCGGCAGUCGUUGAAUAGCAACGCCUGGGGCGUCUCGCCGGGCAAGAUCAUGCUGGCGGCGCUGGGAAUACUGCUCGCGGCGUUCCUGCUGCGACCACUGGUGCCGGGGAUGUUCGGACUGCUCGCCUGGGCGGGCCUGAUUAUAUUCAUCGUCGCCUACGGCAUGGUCUUCCUCAAGCCAUCGAAGGGGGGCCAGCGCAAAAUGUGGCGGCGGCGCUACCUAGACGAAGAGGAAGGCGACGACGGCGAUUCGUGGUGGAAGGGUCUGAAGCGGCGCUUCAAGCGAUAG